AUGCUUGUUGCUCACAUCAUGAACCACCUGCCCCCUGUCACGUGUGAUGCAUACCCAUCUACCACAGCCCCUGCUUUGCGGACGAGGCCAGUCUUAUCAAGGGUGACAUUUGACCCUAGCGAGAACUUCCUGCUCCAGCCGGGCGAGACUGUGCGACAAUUCUGCGAAAGAAAGAUGCAACCAGACCGAAGCCCCGUGCCACCCACUGCCGCGUUUCCGACGACGAUGAUGUUCAAUGCGAGCAGGAAGGACAUACAGCUGCGGCCAGUAAUCUGCGUCUUCGAUGCCAAGUAUUGGCGGCUUCAGGACACGUACCUGCCCGCUCUUCUGCCGCUGUACUACUGCUCUGCGAUUGUCUUGUACGGCUACGCCAUUGACGACUACAAGAGCGUGAUCGUGUGGAAAUACCCGACGGCCAAGCGCUACGUGGACGCCGUGCGCAGCAUGAAGGUUGGACGUCAACUCUUGCACCGCGGCAACGACAUACCUGUGUACUUCGCGGUGGGAGGAGCGCGGGAAGACAGCGCCAACUUGUCGAAAGUGGCCGCGAACAUCAUGGCCCGGCAGCAUUUGGCAGAAUUUGUGCACCGCGAGGUCAAGAACCUCUCCCCGCUAUGGGCGGGAGUAAAUGUGGACUGGAACCAUCCAGGAGACCAAUGCAGCCCCGGCACCACGAGCAACCUCUUCCUUGACUUCAUCAAAGAGUUAAAGAACCACAAUAUUAGCGUCAUGAUCAGCAUUUCACCGGUGAAGUCGCGGCUGACUGCCUACAGCCUGGGCACGGUCGCCGGGAUGGUCGAUUACAUCAUCAUCAAGACGCACACGCACGUCCUGUCCCCAUCGAUGUUCAAUGUCGUCAGGUGCAGUGGAGACCAAAGCGCCGCUGAUGACGUCUAUACCACGGCGCUCAGCGCCCUGACCACCUUUGAAGACAAGUCACGUCUGGGAUACAGCAUUUCGGUGGCUCCGGAGACGUUCAUAGCCCCGGCCGCCCAGCUGGGUGCUCCUGUCCUGGGUACUACGCAGUGGGAUAACCACACGCGUCAACCCGGCAGGACAAGCUAUGCGUCCGUGUGCCAAAAGCCAGUCAUCAGAACUCACUCGCACCCGCUGUGCCUCAUGGUCGCCCGCCCAAGAGAUAACCAUACUGUGCACGUGGCAACGUUCUCAGAUGAGCGGGCACUGAUGGAACGCAUGAACCUGACGUACUCGAACGAGAUGGCCAUGGCACCAGUGGCGGUAUUCGACAUCGACCUCGACGACUUUACCGGAACGUGCGGGAACGGCAUUUCCCCGCUCAUACGAGCUGUGGCAACCGGUCCCGGUUGA